AUAAGAUGAGUGACACUUUUCCGUCGGAUUGGCUUUAUCACUGAGCAUUUAGAGCAAUGAACCAUGCCAGAAGUAUCCAGCGCUUCGUCCUUAAAAACGUGUUCAGCGAAAUUUUCAAAGAGGAGCAGAAGGCUGAUGGUUCCGGAGAGACAGUGUUUCUGUUAAAAGGCAUUGAUUUAGCGGCCGAUAAAGAAACCUUGUCAAAGACUUUAAACGGGUUUUCGUUGUCGCUUGUUAUGUUAGCCUAUGUUGUGGGGACCAUGUUUUGGCAGCUUCUUCUGCUCGAGGUAAGCCAUAGCUGCGAUGAAAACGACACAACAAGGGUUUGCUACGCACGCAUCGCAGGAAAAGUUGGGCCACACGAUUCUGUGAACUGCAGUAGUCCUGCCGUUCAGAAUGGGACCAUCCCAGUUGUCUGCUACAAACUUGUUGUCGAUAUUGGAGUGGCCACAGGUGCAAGCUAUGGAGCAUUCAAGCUUUUCUUGUUCGCCUUUAAUGUGGUCACUAGUGGAAUUCUUAUGGUUAAAACAACAAGAGUUCUGAAAGGAAUACAAUGGAGCACAAUGAUUGUGUUGAUACUAGUGAGCGUUUUGAUGCUUCUAAUAGCUUCAAACGUCAUCCAUGUAAGUAUUGACUUUAAGUCGGACAUCUGGGUCUUGAGCAUACAGAUAAUACUUGUUGUGUCAUCUACCAGCUUUCUCGUGUUAUACCUUCCUUGGAAGGAACUCAUCAGACCAAAUCCAAAUGAAAAUAACGACGGAGGAGAGCAGGACAUUGCAGAAAUUUCACCAAUAUUGUCUUGAACAAUCUGGUUCACUUUAUGCUUGCAUAAAAAGUUGUAAAUCUGUGGGUCGUUGCAUGACAAAAAAAAAACGUGACGUUAUUUUGAUGCAACCUCUCGUAAACACCGUAACGUUUGUAAUUUGAAUGGAUAUGUUAACGUAAACACAAUCUCCCUGUAGAUGACGGUUUUUAGUUACUGAAGCAGGUAUCCGCAACGUUCAAAAUAGUCUUCAAGGGAAGCUAGUUUUUUAUUGACGAGAACAGUUGUGGGAUAUAAUUUGCUAUCGAAUUCAAGUCUCAAGACAAAGCGGAAUAUAUCAGAAUGAGCACAUUUCCGUGGCAUGUAUGUUCAUGUUUAUUCCGUUUGUUUUCAUCUAUAUAUUUAGUUUCAAAUGUUGUUUCUCGCUUUUUAUGGAUAUGUUAACGAAAAUAUAAUCUCCCUGUCGAUGGAGGUUUUUUAUUUACUGAAGCAGGCAUCCGCAACAUUCAAAAUAGUCUUCAAGGGAAGCUAGUUUACAAACAGCUCGUUGACGAGAACAGUUGUGAGAUUUAAUUAAUUUGCUGUUGAAUUCAAGUCACAUUUCCGUGACAUCUACAUGUUGAUAUACUGUACCGUUUGUUUUCAUCUAUAUCUCUGGUUGCAAAUGAUUAGAAUAA